CGCAGUCCACCUAGGUGGGAAGGGAAGCGUCCGCACGGCUCAGACUCCGUUUCCCAGUGUUCCCCGCGGUGGUGCGGGGGGUAACGGGUGUUGUAGUCCGGCCUCUCUUCUGGCUGGUCCAGCUACAUCGACUGGCAGGAUGUCGGAGGUGCGGCUGCCCCCGCUACGCGCCCUGGAUGACUUCGUUUUGGGAUCGGCGCGUCUGGCGGCCCCGGAUCCAUGCGACCCGCAGCGAUGGUGCCACCGCGUCAUCAACAACCUCCUCUACUACCAGACCAACUACCUUGUCUGCUUCGGCUUCGGUCUUGCUCUGGCCGGGUACAUGCGUCCGUUGCACACCCUCCUAAGCGCGUUGGUAGUGGCGGUGGCCCUUGGCGUGCUGGUGUGGGCGGCUGAGACUCGCGCAGCCGUGCGCCGCUGCCGCCGCAGCCACCCUGCCGCCUGCCUGGCCGCAGUGCUGGCCGUCGGCCUCCUUGUUCUCUGGGCCGUGGGCGGCGCUGGGACUUUCCUGCUCAGCAUCGCCGGGCCCGUUCUUGUGAUCCUGGUGCACGCCUCGCUGCGCCUGCGCAACCUCAAGAACAAGAUUGAGAACAAGAUCGAGAGCAUUGGUCUCAAGCGGACGCCAAUGGGGCUGCUACUGGAGGCGCUGGGACAAGAGCAGGAGGCUGGGUCCUAGGGACCUGGGAUCUGUACCCAAGACCUGGAGAAUGCCAUCCCCACCCUGGCCCGUACCCGGAACCCAGAGCCCUUUCCCAGCCCUUAAAAUAGGAGCCCCUUCCCCAGUUCAAAAAGCAGGACAUCUGUGACCCUCCCCCCAGGUCCAAAACUGGGCUAUCCUUCAUACCCAGCCCCCAUCACCUAGAGGACACUCCAGUCCUGAACUUGGGACCCAGAGCCACCCACAUCAGGCCAAAGCUGGGGCUUGGAGACCAGAGCAUCCAUGGCCACCUCAAACUCUGGGCCCAGAUAUUCCCCCCAACCCCAGGCUGGGACCCACCUGUCCCCCAUGCUCAGCUCCAAAGCUGGGGUCUGGGACCAAGGCAUUCUCCAAUCUUGAACCCUGGACCAAGGCUUUUCCAGACCCCACCCCAGCUUUGAACCCAGGUCAAGGCAUUGCCAAAUCUUGAACCCAGGACCCAAGUGUUCCCAGCCCCCAUCAGGGCAGAGGAUUCAGGGAUCCUGACCCUGUUGAACCCUUGCUCGCAGGUGACCCCACCACUCACCAGUCCCACUUGCCCCCCCCCCCCUUGCUUAGGGAUUCUUCCCCUCCCCCACCAAAGUUCCACAGUGGCGAGGACCAAAGGGUGGGGACAGCUCCAACUGGGAAUGGGGCAUAUAUAUCAGUGUUGCUGCAACAAUAAAAGCUGUUGCAUCAUUCAAGCCAA